AUGGAGGCUGUAGUGGUGGUUAUUGAGUUUGGACUCUUGGCACCGUCAGACGACCCUUGGCACCGUCAGACGACCCUUGGCACCGUCAGACGACCCUUAACACCGUCAGACGACCCUUGGCACCGUCAGACGACCCUUGGCACCGUCAGACGGCCCUUGGCACCAUCAGACGGGCCCUUGGCACCGUCAGACGACCCUUGGCAUCGUCAGACGGGCCCUUGGCAUCGUCAGACGGCCCUUGGCACCGUCAGACGGCCCUUGGCACCGUCAGACGGCCCUUGGCACCGUCAGACGGGCCCUUGGCACCAUCAGACGGGCCUUGGCACCGUCAGACGGCCCUUGGCACCGUCAGACGGCCCUUGGCACCGUCAGACGACCCUUGGCACCGUCAGACGGCCCUUGGCACCGUCAGACGGGCCUUGGCACCGUCAGACGACCCUUGGCACCGUCAGACGACCCUUAGCACCGUCAGACGACCCUUGGCACCAUCAGACGACCCUUGGCACCGUCAGACGACCCUUGGCACCAUCAGACGACCCUUGGCACCGUCAGACGGGCCCUUGGCAUCGUCAGACGACCCUUGGCACCGUCAGACGGCCCUUGGCACCGUCAGACGGCCCUUGGUACCGUCAGACGGGCCCUUGGCACCGUCAGACGACCCUUGGCACCGUCAGACGACCCUUGGCACCGUCAGACGACCCUUGGCACCGUCAGACGGCCCUUGGCACCGUCAGGCGACCCUUGGCACCGUCAGACGAUCCUUGGCACCAUCAGACGACCCUUGGCACCGUCAGACGGGCCCUUGGCAUCGUCAGACGACCCUUGGCACCGUCAGACGGCCCUUGGCACCAUCAGACGACCCUUGGCACCGUCAGACGGGCCCUUGGCAUCGUCAGACGACCCUUGGCACCGUCAGACGACCCUUGGCACCGUCAGACGACCCUUGGCACCGUCAGACGGGCCCUUGGCAUCGUCAGACGACCCUUGGCACCGUCAGACGGGCCCUUGGCACCGUCAGACGGGCCCUUGGCACCGUCAGACGACCCUUGGCACCAUCAGACGACCCUUGGCACCGUCAGACGGGCCCUUGGCAUCGUCAGACGACCCUUGGCACCGUCAGACGACCCUUGGCACCAUCAGACGACCCUUGGCACCGUCAGACGGCCCUUGGCACCCUUGGCACCGUCAGACGGCCCUUGGCACCGUCAGCCGGGCCCUUGGCACCGUCAGACGACCCUUGGCACCGUCAGACGACCCUUGGCACCGGCACCCUUGGCACCGUCAGACGACCCUUGGCACCGUCAGACGGCCCUUGGACCGUCAGACGGCCCUUGGCACCGUCAGACGACCCUUGGCACCGUCAGACGACCCUUGGCACCGUCAGACGGGCCCUUGGCACCGUCAGACGACCCUUGGCACCGUCAGACGGCCCUUGGCACCGUCAGACGGCCCUUGGCACCGUCAGACACCCUUGGCACCGUCAGACGACCCUUGGCACCGUCAGACGACCCUUGGCACCGUCAGACGACCCUUGGCACCGUCAGACGGCCCUUGGCACCGUCAGACGGCCCUUGGCACCGUCAGACGACCCUUGGCACCGUCAGACGACCCUUGGCACCGUCAGACGACCCUUGGCACCGUCAGACGGGCCCUUGGCAUCGUCAGACGACCCUUGGCAUCGUCAGACGGGCCCUUGGCACCGUCAGACGACCCUUGGCACCGUCAGACGACCCUUGGCACCAUCAGACGACCCUUGGCACCGUCAGACGGCCCUUGGCACCAUCAGACGGGCCUUGGCACCGUCAGACGGCCCUUGGCACCAUCAGACGGGCCUUGGCACCGUCAGACGACCCUUGGCACCGUCAGACGACCCUUGGCACCGUCAGACGACCCUUGGCACCGUCAGACGACCCUUGGCACCAUCAGACGGGCCUUGGCACCAUCAGACGGGCCCUUGGCACCGUCAGACGGCCCUUGGCACCAUCAGACGGGCCUUGGCACCGUCAGACGGCCCUUGGCACCGUCAGACGGCCCUUGGCACCAUCAGACGGGCCUUGGCUCCGUCAGACGGGCCUUGGCACCGUCAGACGGCCCUUGGCACCGUCAGACGGCCCUUGGCACCAUCAGACGGCCCUUGGCACCAUCAGACGACCCUUGGCACCGUCAGACGACCCUUGGCACCAUGGUAAAGGGGCGUUGUGA